AUGGCGAUCGCACGACCACCACUGCUCCAGUCCGUCGCCAUCGUCGUCGCUCUCGUCGCAGCUGUCGCCGCUGCCGUAGCACACCCCUCUGACGAAGCCCAGGCGUCCGAUGCGCCUCUCCCGUCAGAUCAGCGCAGGGCGGCGCUGGAAAAGGCGGCGGGCGCGCAGGUCAGCGGAGCGCUUCCCGUCUUCGGCUGGGAAAACUGGCUUCCGCGCCCGCGCGGUGGCGGAAAAGGCGGAAAGGGGGGGAAUGGCGGGAGUGGCGGGCGCAUCCGGGCGACGUGGGGAGUGCCUCUGCGGCUGCGCGCGGCAUGGGGGAGCGCAAAGUUCCGCGUGAAGGCACGGGAUGCGCUGGGGCGGUUGACGGGCGCGCAAGGGGUGGCGGUAACGGCGCAGGGGCGCGCGGAGCAGCUGAUGGCGGCGUGGGCGGGGCGGCGGGGGAGGGAGGGAUGGCGCAAGGGCAAGGACGUGUGGACGCAAGUUGCGCGCGACUGCGUCUCUCAGCUGGCACUCGCCAGGGCCAGCAUGGAGGAAGCAGCCGCGAUCAUCAACACGGGCGAGGGUGACGUGGCAGAUGCGCGCAUGAGCCUAUCGAGUGCUGCCACGUUGGCAGGCGACUGUCUGGACUCCUUCCGCACCUUCGCUGCGGAUGGCGCCUCCAGCGACCCCGCCCAAGCCGUGCAGCAAGCAGCGGGGCAGUUGAGGGACGCGCUCAUGGCGCUGCAGCAGCAGGCGGCCGACAUGGCCUCCAUCGUCGCCGCCUCCUCGCCGCCCCCGCUCUCCGCGCCGCUCUCCGCGCCGCUCUCCGCGCCAGCUCCCGCUGCCAGCCCUGCAAGCGACACCAGCCCUCCGCCUGACAACAGCGGUGGCGCUGAUGGUGCUGCAAGCGAUGGCGCUGGCACUGGUGGUGCCGCUGAUAGUGGUGGUGAUGGCAGUGCGAGUGCUGAUGGUGCUGAUGGUGCUGAUGGGGACACUGCUGCUGGUAUCAGCGAGUUCACGAUUGCACGACUUGCCUCAGCCAGCACCACAGCACCGUCGCGCUCACACGUCAAGUCAAGGAAGCGUCCUCCUCGCAACGCCACACGCCCCUCCGCCUCUGUUGCUGAAGUCAACUCCACCGCCCCUGCCCCCCCUGGCCCUCCGCCCUCCCCCCUUUCGACCCCCCCGCCUCCCACCACUCCCUUCUCUCCCCUCCCCCCGUCACCAUCGCCCCCCUCCUCGACUCUCCCCUCCUCUCCCUCUCCUCCUCCGUUCCCUCCUCCGUCCCCUCCCCCAUCUCCCCCUCCCUUCCCCCUCCCUCUCCGCCAUCUCCCUUCUCUUCAGUGCCUCCAUCCCCACCUCCCUCGCUGUCCCCCUCUGCGCCCUUCCCCUCCCCCCUCCCUUCUCGCCCUGGCCCGCCACACCCGCUGCUCCAUCGCUGCUCCCCCUUCCGCUGCUGCCGUCUCCCCCCCCAUCCAUCCCUGCGUGCUGCACCUGCACCUGCGCCUGUGCUGUCCUGCCCCCCGCCUCCCCUCUAGCCGCUCCCCGUCCUCCUCUCUCCACAUUGCCUCCCCCUCCUCCGUCUCCGCCUUUCCCUCCACCUCAGUCUCCUCCGCCUGUCAAUUCACCUCCGCCCUCUCCCCCUCUCCCAUCUCCUUCUCCUCCUGCCUCCCCUCCUUCCCCUCCUGCCUCCCCUCCUUCACCUCCCCUCACCCCUCCGUCCCCUCCUUCCUCCCCUCCCCCUCGUCCCCCUCCCCUCCUUCCCCUCCCUCCUCCCCUCCUUUUCCUCCCCCCUCCCCUCCUUCUCCUCCCCCCUCCCCUCCUACCCCUCCUUCCCCUCCCCCCUCCCCUCCUUUCCCUCCCCCCUCCCCUCCUUCCCCUCCCCCCUCCCCUCCUUUCCCUCCCCCCUCCCCUCCUUCCCCUCCCUCUCCCCCCCUUUCCCCUCCUUCCCCACCCUCUUCCCCUCCCUCUCCCCCUUUUCCCCCUCCUCCUCGCCCCCCUUCCCCUCCCCCCCGUCCCCCUUCCCCCCCUCCACGUCCCCCUCCUCCUUCUCCUCCCCCUUCCCCUCCCCCUCGCCCUCCCCCUCAACCUCCUCGCCCCCCGUCCCCUCCUCCCUCUCCUCCGUCCCCCCCUCCGCGUCCCCCUCCUCCCCCUUCUCCACCCCCCUCCCCUCCCCCCUCCCCACCGUCCCCUCCGCCAUCCCCACCCUCCCCGCCCCCAUCCCCGCCUUCCCCGCCCCCAUCCCCGCCCUCCCCGCCCCCCUCCCCCCCCGCGCCCCCAUCGCUGGCAUACCCAGUGCCGCUGCGCUACGCGCUGCCACCGCCCAACGCCAUUGUCGCCAGGGAUGGCUCGGGCACCUUCACCUCCAUCCAGGCAGCAGUGGAUGCAGCGCCGUCCACCCCCAAGGGGCGCUUCAUAGUGUUCGUGGCGCCGGGCGUGUACAGCGAGACGGUGCGCGUGACGCGGCGCAACGUGACGCUGGUGGGGGCGGCGCCCGAGGCAACGGUGAUCACGGGCAGUGCCAGCGUGGUGGGCGGCUCCACCACCUUCAACAGCGCCACUGUUGCCAUCACGGGGGCGGGCUUCCUGGCGGUGGGGGUGCGCUUUGAGAACACGGCGGGGCCGGAGAACCACCAGGCCGUGGCGCUGAGGGUCACGGCGGACAACUGCGCCUUCUACGACUGCCACAUCAUCGGCUGGCAGGACACGCUGUACGCGCACAGUGGGCGGCAGUACUACCGCAACUGCGUGGUGAACGGGUCGGUGGACUUCAUAUUCGGCAACGGCGCCACCGUGCUCGACAACUGCACGCUGCAGCUGCGCCCCCAGCCCAACGCCGUGGUGACGGCGUCGGGGCGAGUCAACUCCACGGAGCCCACGGGCAUCGUCAUCGUCAACUCGCGCGUCGAGGGCGACUUGCCGCAGACGCAGUUCCUGGGCCGGCCCUGGAGGCCGUUUGCACGCGUGCUCUACAGCAACACUGUCAUUGGCUCCUCUAUCAACUCAACUGGUUGGAUGGACUGGGGAGGCACAGUGUAUGACACGACAACUUAUGUCGAGUUCAAUAAUUCAGGACCUGGCUCGGUGGGAUCACGCAUUGCUUGGGCGAAGCCAGGAAUUGUUUCCGACCCGUCACUUGUGGCUCAAUACUCCCCGGAUGUGUUCCUUUACCCAUUUGCUCCGAUACUUGGGCUCAUUCCUUGGGUAUGA